AUGGCAACCCCGACCGCACUACCGCCAUUACCAUUCAACCCUACCAGGGUGAGAUCGUAUGUGCUCCGAUUACCACUUUUCACACGCGUUGUGCUGUUGGUCAUCGUUGCAUUUUGGUUGCUCGAGCUACAAACUAUAUGGAGCGUGGUACAAUGGGGAUCAUUGACGCCGAGUGAAAUCGGAAUCGGUAGCAUGUACCGACUGAACACCUAUCCAUUUAUUCACGUUGGGUUUUUUCACGCUUUCGUGAAUCUGCUAGCUCUCACACCGUUGCUAGAGCGAUUCGAAGCUGAGCAUGGUACAUUGACCGCAGUUGCUUUAUUUGUUGGCCCUCUCUCAACGUUCCCUGCCGGUAUAUACAUCCUGAUUGAGAAAUUCAUCCUGCACAGCAACACUGCUGUGGUUGGGGCAAGUGUCUGGGUGUUCCUAUUGCUAGGCUCUGAAGCUAUAAAGACAUUUAAGUCAAACCCAUACUUCAGUCUUGGGACAACAAAGAUUCCGACCUGGACAUCACCACUGUUCGCAUGUGCUCUCGUAUCGAUAUUCGUGCCGAACACGAGCUUCUUGGGCCACUUGAUUGCUAUUAUAAUAGGGUAUCUACUCGGCCUCGGGUAUCUCAAGGUGUUUGUUCCACCAGAGAAGAUCCUGAGAUGGAUUGAGGGAAAGCUGAACCUACUGGGACGACUGCCACAUUAUGUGUCAGUAGAUCAGAAAACCUAUGGUCGUUAUGGCGUCCUUCCUACGGCAACGGCAGCCGUAGGGGGUGAGAGGCCCACUCCUCUGAGCUAUCUGGGCACGAAUCAGCGCCUCGAUAACAGCUAUUGCGGAGAUGCUCAUUCCAAUUCGUUCAACUUGCCCUCUAAGCAAUUUUACAACGACGCUCGGCAUGGAAAGAUCCUUCCGAAUGUCUUUAAUUCCAUGGCAUUGAAAUUGACCGGGUGGGUGACAGCCGUAAUCCGCAGAUUGCGGAGCAAUCCUCAGUUUCUCUUCGUGCGCCUGCCGUAUAUACUUUCGCUUCUUUGCAUAAUUGCAGGAGUGGUCUGGCUUCUUCUCCUUCCCCUCGACGAAUACGCCCGUCAAACAUACAUCUCCGAGAAUGCGCUUUUGCCUGGCCAGGUUCAUGCAUACUUCUCAGGCAGCGAACAGAACAUCUUUCGCGGGUACAAGAGAGAACUCGAAAGUUUGCUGAAUUCUGGGAACCAGGAAGGUCAGGAGGCGAAGGAUAGUGAAUUGACACCAGUAAUUUCCGAUCAGAUACAGUCGAUCUUGCGAGCGGCCGGGUUGAAAGUUGCGACGCAGAAGUACGAGUACACUUCUUCGGGUAUCACGCAUGAGGGACAGAAUGUCUACGCAAUCAUCCAUGCGCCGCGGGGCGAUGCCACGGAGGCGAUUGUGCUGGUUGCUGCUUGGAAGACUGCUGAUGGGGAAUUGAACUUGAAUGGAGUCAGUCUUGCUCUGACUCUGGCAAGAUACUUUAAGCGUUGGUCUUUGUGGUCCAAAGAUAUCAUUUUUCUGUUCCCACCAGACAGCAAAUCGGGAACGCAGGCGUGGAUCGAUGCGUAUCAUGACAUGCAACCGUCCUCGGUCCAGCCUCUACCACUGAAGAGCGGUGCCCUACAGGGAGGACUUGUUAUUGAAUACCCCUUCGAUCAUCGAUUCGAGUCUUUACAUAUCGUCUACGAUGGCGUCAACGGGCAACUGCCCAAUCUGGAUUUAUUUAAUACGGCUAUUUCAAUUGCCGGGGGUCAGAUGGGAAUCGGAACAAGCCUGCAGGAAAUGUGGGAGCAUGAUGAUAGCUAUAAAGAGCGCCUGCAGACAAUACUUAGGGGUAUGGUCAAGCAGGGCUUCGGACACGCUACCGGGGCACAUAGUAGUUUCAUGCCGUACCACAUUGAUGCGAUCACUCUGCAAACGAAGGGAGAUGGCUGGCAAGAUGAGAUGGCUCUAGGUCGAACUGUGGAGAGUCUCUGUCGCAGUCUCAACAACCUGCUCGAACACCUUCACCAGAGCUUUUUCUUCUACCUGCUGAUGCACACCAAUCGCUUCGUCAGUAUAGGUACUUACCUUCCAAGUGCGAUGCUGAUUGCUGGAAACUUCACCAUCAUGGCGAUUGCUUUGUGGAUGCGUACGGGCUACUAUAUGCACGCUCAGGCGACCUCUACCACGAAAGGAGAUGCUCACCAGGAUAAGAAGUCUCCGGCCGAUCAAGCAACGAAUACGGAGAAAACUGGCGAAUUGAAUGACGCAAAUCCCAACGAGCUACCGAGUCCGGGCAGUGUCCUGGAGAGACAGUUAGCCCUUCCGCUCACCCUAGUUGUUGGGCUACACCUGCUUGGCCUGGUCCCUCUUUUCAUCUUCAAUAACAUCCAUCACAAGUACUAUACGACCGCGACCUACAUUUGUCUCGGAGCUGGGGUCAUCCUCCCCAUCAUCGUGUCAGCCCUCUUGAACCAUGGAUUUAGUUCUCCUCCAACAACCCAGCAAUAUUUCCUGACUAAAUCCUUCUCCCUCCUUCUUCUCGGCCUUUUCCUCUCUACCCUUGCCACAUUGAACUUCUCUCUUUCUUUCAUGGUUGGCCUACUCUGCGCACCACUUAGUUUCGUCAAGCGCAUCAAUCCCCAGACGAAAGCUGCUCUGCGGUACCCCAUCGCUAUACUUGGUUUGCUAGCUUUAAAUGUCCUUUCUCCUCCUGCGGUUCUCAUUGGGGCAUGUUGGUACUCAGGCGUGUCGGUUGAGAUGGUUCUGACUCAGGCAGCAUUCGGAUGGAAUGUCUGGGGUAUGUGGACACAGGUGGUUGUGUGGUGUGUCUGGUGGCCUGCUUGGGUGGUUGGAUGUGUCUUACUAGGAUCGUCUGUUCUUUGA